AUGCUUUCUCGGGCCGCUAUCCGCCGCACGCCACUCAUCUCCGCUCGUCUCCGCUGCAUGUCACUCAUCUGUGCGCGCCUUGUUCCCCCCACUCCAACUCGUAUCUUGCGUGUCAGCCCCGCAAGGACAGGUCGGCGCGUGGAGACCGCUGCAGAGACAAGGGUAUGGACAGGUACGCCAAACGCUCCUUCGCCUCCUGCUGCUCUCCUUCUCUCGCUCUCCUGCUGCUGCUCCCUCUCGCUUCCUCUCCUGCUGUUGCUCUCCUGCUGCCUUGCAUGUGCUAUUUACCCACCGUUGCUCGCCUACCCAUUUACGUACACCCUGCACUUUUUUCCUGCCACCCGUCUCCACAUUUUUUGCCUUCUGACUGCCAACGCUAGCACCGGAAGCGGUAGCGAGUCAGGGAGCGAGAGUGGCAACGAGAGCGAGAGAGAGAGCGGGCAUGAGGGCAGGAUGGCAGGGCGCACCCACACGGUCGUGGAUAGCAGCGAUGGCAGCGAUGGCAGCGAUGGGAGUGCUAGUAGUGAUGGGAAUGUUGGGAGUGCGAGUGCAAGCACAGGGGGCGGUGACGCGAUGAGCAGGCAGAGCAGCAUGAGUGAGGCGCACAGUGGCCUGCUCGCCCCCCUCUCGCCCUCCACGCCCACCACGCCCAGCCCCAGCCCAAGUCCGAGUAGUGUGUUUUGGGGAAGCAGCAGGGCGAGAGCGCGUGGGGUCACGGGUGAGGGGAAGGGCAGUGGCGCGGUGGUGCAGGGCAGGGAAGGACCAGAAGCACGUGGGGCUGAUGUGCCCAUGGCAGCACCAUCGCUGGCACACGCUGCUGGGGCAGUGGCAGCAGGUCGUGCUGACGGGGAUGGCAGCGGGGCAAGGGGGGGUGGCAAGGAGAUAUUUGUGGUGUCGGACGGCACGGCGUGGGCGGCAGACAGGGCGGUGGGGGCGGCAGUGGGGCUGCUGGACUGCGGGGUGGGAGACGGCCGAUGCUCCGUGCACACCAGGCUCUAUUCGCAGGUCACAGACACGGCGUCUCUCCUCGCUAUCAUCCACAUGGCUUCAUCAAGCGGUGCACUCCUCGUGCACUCGCUCGCCGGCCCUGCUCUGCGCCACACCGCCACGCACACAGCAGCGGCGCUGCACGUGGCAGCAGUGGACCUACUGGGGCCGCUGCUGACGGCUGUGGGGGAGCAUAUGGGCGUGGAUGCAGGGGGUGCGGGGCAAGGCGCGGGGGGCAAGCGCGUGGGGGAGCUGGGCGAGGAGUAUUUCCGGCGCAUCGAGGCGGUGGAGUUCACCAUCCGGCAGGACGAUGGAGCCCUGCCGCGGAACCUGGGGCAGGCGGACAUCAUUCUCGUGGGCGUGUCCCGCACCGGCAAGACCCCGCUCUCCAUGCACCUCGCGCACAUGGGCUAUAAGGUGGCGAAUGUGCCGCUGGUGCCGGGGGUGGCGCCACCAGCAGAGCUGCUGCAGGCAAACCACGUGGACCAGCGCCGCGUCUUCGCCCUCACCAUCGCCGCUCCCACUCUCGCCGCCAUCCGCCGCGCACGCUACCAGCGCCUGGGCUUGCUGCCGCAGCAGCCGCACCGCGGCGCAGGGAGGGAGAGGUCCGCGUGGGGAAGAGGGGAGAGGGGGGCGGCGUAUGGAGAGGGCAUGGGAGGGGGAGGGAGGUACUGCAGUGCGGAGCAUGUGAGGGGCGAGCUGGAGGCGGCUGAUGACCUCUUUUCCCUGCACCCCCUCUGGCCCCUCAUUGACGUGACAGGGAGGCCUAUCGAGGAGACAGCGGCACUCAUUCUUCGCAUUUACCACGAGCGCAUGAACCUUCACGCGGUGCCAUUCGUCACACGCUGCUACUGA